CAACCCCCAGCUAUCAUGUCAAAGCUCAGAAAUGAAAGUGCUCCUCUGAUGAAGUGGUGAACCAGCAGGUGUAUUUUGGACCACUUGGCUUGUUAAAGAGCAGCAGCAGCAGCAGCAGCAGCAUGUUUGGUAAGAAGAAGAGAGCUGCAGCACCCAAAGGACAGGGCGCUGCUGCAGCCAAGCAGAUGGGUCUGUUUGUAGACCUGAACCCUGAGGAGAUGAUGAUGAUGGGGAUGGAGGAGAAUCUGGACGACCCGGACUUGGAGGCAGAACUCGCCGCUAUUACUGGAAAUAAAGCUGCUGCGGGAGGAAGAGCCAAGCAGAAGGGGAAGACCCCCCUGCCCAUGGAGGACAUCGCGAAAAUGGCCGACGAGUGCAUGAGAGAUGUGGAUGACGACGAGGAUGACGACAAUUUGAUGGACGAUGAAGAUCUGUUGGCAGAGCUGCAGGAAGUGGUGGGUGAGGAGGAAGCUGGAGAUGUUGUAAUUCCUUCCCCCACAUCCUCUGCCAAUGCUGAAUCUUCUCAAGCUGCUACGCCAGAGUCCACAACGCCACAGCAGCAGGAGGCGAUGGUCUCCUCAGCAGCACCCGGCAGCCUCCAGCACACCGUAGAGGAGAGAAUAGCGAUGUACAAGACGGCCUUACAAAACUCCAAGACUGCAGGAGAGACUUCCAAAGCCAGGAGAUACGAUCGAGGCCUGAAGAAUCUGGAGACGAUGUUAGCCGCUGUCAAAAAAGGGAGACCUGUGAACGAGGCAGAGAUCCCUCCGCCUGUAGCCACGGGAGCCCCGAAAGCUCCUGCUUCUCGACCCGCCGUUCCCCAACGACCGGCUCCUCCUGUACCCUCGCGUCCUCGACCCGCUCCUUCAGAUCAGCAGGGAGAGUCGGAGGCCACGACGUCUCCGUCUGCCGUGCCAGAGAUCGUCACGCCCAGCAGUGAAGAGGAGCCCUCGUCCUCCGCCACCCUGCUCACUCCUAGCAGCCUCCCAUCACCGGAGCAGCAGGCGGAGGAGCCAGCUGACCUGCCGCCAGCCAGUCUGACAGAUGCGAACGAGGCGACCAAGAAGAUGCUUCUGGAGAGGCAGAAAGAAUACAAGAUGGCAGCGCUGACGGCCAAGAAGCAGGGAGAUGCGGAGCAAGCUAUGCUUUACUUCAAGACAAGCAAGAAGUUCGAUGCAGUGAUUGAGGCUUUGCAGAAAGGAGAAGCAGUCGACCUGAGUGAACUUCCUCCAUCUCCUGGACACGGAGGAAGCUCCGCUGCGAUGAAGGACCCGUCGACUGAACAAAACAUAGAAGUCACCCAACCGGUUGCAGCAGCUCCUGCAGCUGCUGCAGCUCCUGCAGCUCCGAAGGACGCACUGGAGGCGCUGGAGCAGAGACGUGCCAAGUAUGUGGAGGCGUCGGCUCAGGCUAAAGCCAGCGGAGACGACCGCAAGGCCCGAAUGCACGACCGCAUCGCCAAGCAAUACCAGAGUGCCAUCCGAGCUCACAAAGCAGGAAAAGCAGUCAACUUUGACGAGCUCCCCGUUCCCCCCGGCUUUCCUCCAAUCCCAGGCCAGAAGGCGACGGGAGCUGAGCAGGGAUUCAUCGCUGCACUUGAGGCCGCCAAUAAGCUCGCCUCUACUGAUGCUACUGAAGUCGCCGAUGAAGAAGAAGAUGAGGAGAAGGAGGAAGAGUCAAAGCCGGCUGCUCCAGAAGAAGUAAAGAAACCAACGUUAGAAAUUCCUGCUGCAAGUCAAGGACGGAAAAGGACUCCGUCAGCUUCACCUGACAGAACAGCAUCCAGAGAAGGACUCUCGCCAACAGCGGAGUUCCUGGAGGGUCGUAAGAAGCAGUACAUGAAGGCGGCUCUGCAGGCGAAGCAGAAGAACGACAUGGAGCAGGCCAAGACUUUCCUCCGCACCGCCAAGGGCUUCGACCCCAUGAUCGAGGCGGCACGCAGCGGCAAGACGGUGGACAUCAGCACGGUGCCGUCGCCCCCUGGUGACGAAGACGAGGACUUCAUCCUGGUGCACCACAGUGACGUUCAGAUCUCAGAGAAAGCCGAGCAGGUUUACACACAGCUGGCCAAGAUCCUCAAAGAGCAGUACGACAAAUGUAUGACUCACUCCAAGCAGUUCACACACCUGGGGAACGUCACAGAAACAACAAAGUUUGAGAAGAUGGCCGAGUCUUGUAAGAAGAGUCUGGAGGUCCUGAAACUGUCUCAGGCGAAGGGGCUGCCGCCUCCCAAACAUCACUUUGAGGAGAGGUCGUUUCGCACAGUCAGGAUUUUCCCCGAGCUGAGCAGCACAGACAUGGUUGUUGUCAUCGUGAAAGGAAUGAAUCUUCCUGCUCCUAGCGGAAUCCAAACAAACGAUCUGGAUGCUUACGUCAAGUUUGACUUCCCCUACCCGAGCGCUGAGCAGCCGCAGAAACACAAAACAGCUGUUAUCAAGAACACUAACGCCCCAGAAUACAACCAGAGCUUCAACCUGUCAAUCAACCGAAACCACCGCGGCUUCAGGAGGAUCGUGGCGUCUAAAGGCCUCAAACUGGAGCUGCUGCACAAAGGCGGUUUCCUGCGGAGCGACAAGCCGGUCGGGACGGCCCACGUGAAGAUGGAGAAACUGGAAUCUCAGAGUGAAAUCAGGGAGAUCGUAGAGGUGAUGGACGGUCGUAAGCCGACAGGAGGUCGCGUUGAAGUGAAGAUCCGACUGCGGGAGCCUCUGAGCGGUCAGGACAUGCAGACGAGUACCGAGCGCUGGCUGGUGAUCGAUUCCUCACAGGUUCUUGUUUAGAUGUUUCUUUGAGAUUAAACAUCAUCAAACAAGCUACAGAUUAAAGGCACUCAAUCAGAAACACUCAGAGGAGGAUGAGGAGGAAGGAAAGAGGAAGGAGAGAGGAAGGAGUCGAGGAUCCGACGAGCUCGGUCUGUCGGCUCGGAUCAGACUCAGACUUAAAAAAACGGGUCGUUCGACUUCUUUAAAAACUUUUUUGCACAUUGCGAGACACACGAACUCCCUUUUCACACAGCGGUCACGGACUCCGGCUAUCUGUUGUCAUAGCAACGGGGGAAGGUCUCACACAGAUUUGCUAGAUUGCACCAGGAAGACUCGGAAAGGCUUCCUGUGAGAUUUAUCGCAGGUGUUUUUUAUCGAUCUGAAAGUUUCCCCUCGAGCUCCUGGAGGACGGAGCGGAGCGGCGGCGGCGGUGGCGGCAGCGUGUCCUCCUCAGCGUGUCCUCCGCUCACGCUGAAGCGUCUCACGUGUCGAGCUAACCUUGAUCCCGCUGCCCCCCCCCGACCCGACUUUAGUUAUAAUAUAAUAUCGAAGAAUGUGCACAUAUUCCUCAUAUACAGCUCUGGUAUCUAGAACUGCACCUAUGCACUAAUACCAAAGUAAUCACUGUUGCUGUAAAAUCCUGCGUAUUUGAAUCGCCUUUAGCUGCCAAAACCUGUUACUACGACGACACGAAGAGAGUUUAAUAUAUGUGAUGGGACGACGACUGUUUUUUUUUUUUUUCUUUCUUUCUUUCACAAUUUUCCUGGUUUUCAGUGAGAGAGCGAGAGAGCGGGCGGCACCUUCACAGAUGUUUUACAGGAGCAAAGCCAAGAAGUUGUGAUAAAAGGUACGAUGAUGAUGUAAUAAUUAAAUGUUUUAUUAUAAAGACCACACUCCCAUUUUUUUUUUUUUGGGACACUUUUCACCUUUAAUACGUCCUCUUAACUGCGGACACUAAACUACACGUUUCAAACCUUUUCACGGCUUUAGGAUCGUUAUAGUUAUAUAAUAUAUUAUAUAUAUAUAUGUUUGUGGUUGUUUACACUGAAGAGCACGUCAGAAUUAGAGCUGCAACGAUAAGUCGAUUAAUUGUUAAUUGAUUAAUCAUUUUAUUCUUUUAUUUGAGAAAAAAAAUGCCAAAAAAAUUGUGUCAAACUUCUCAAAUUUGAUGAAUCUGGGAUUUUUUUGGGCUUUUUUCAGACAAAAUUAGACACAUAAAGAUUUUUAGAAAUGUUCUCUUUUUUGUUUUUUUGGACAUUUUAUUGACAAAAGGAUUAAUUGAGAAAGUAAUCAUGAUGAAAAUACUUAUUUGCAGACAUAGUUAGAAUCACAACAGAGAUGAGUUCAGCUGAUAUUUAAAAAAAAUAAAACGAGUUUUAGUCUAAAAAAAAGUUACAUAUUUUUUAUCUUUUAAAGCAAACAUCCAUUAUUACGAAUGGUUUCCUUAAAAGCAAGAAAAAGUCUGCACGCUGCUGCAGCUCCCAAUGCAGGUACAUUUAAAAAGUGGUGUCCUAUUAAAUCUACCUGCAUUGGGAGCUGCAGUGUGCUGACUUUUUCUUCUUCUUGCUUUUACAGAUUUUGUUUUUUUGUUUAUGUUACUAAUAGCAUCCUUUUAAUAUAUUGAAGCAUAUUUAAGUUUAAGGAAUAGCUCAACUCUUAUUUGUUUCCUUGUGAAGAAUUAAGAAGAUGAAUGCUGAUUUCGUGUCUGUGUGUUAAAUAUGAAGUUGUAGCCAGGAGGCAGUUAGCUUAGCUUAGCAUAAAGACUGGAAACGGUAGGAAACUGCUAGCCUGGUUCUGUCCAUAGUUAAAAAAUCUGUUUACGAGCAUCUCUAAAACUCACUUAUUAACUCUGUUUAUCUUGUGUGUUUAAAUCUGAACAUAAGUGAUGAUUUUUGGGUUCGGACGGCCUCACAGCGACGAUUUGUGAACUUUAAAGGUGCUGCUUCUCGUCUUUAUGCUAAGCUAAGCUAAUUGCCGCCACAUUAACACACAGAAAUCAGAGGUGUCGAUCUUCUCUCUGCAGGAAAGCCGAGCAUUUGUUUCCCCAAAAAUGUCAAACGGUUCCUUUUUAAUAAAUGUGUUGCAUUACUCUUUUAAACUAUGCAUACUCUCAUGACAAAGAUACUGAGUCUUGAAAGGAAUCCCAGUGUUUUAAAGGCCCAGUUCACCCAAAUUAUUCUCAUUUUCUCUCCCAUGUUUUCUUCUUAAACGGUUGUAAAGUGAGCAGAAUAAAGACACAAUGCUGAGAAUUUAGAAAAUUAAAAGGUAAAGCUGAAGAUUUUCUAUAUCUUUCUUAUUGUCAACAAAUCUCAUCGACUAAAGCUUGAUACAUCUUAUUCCUCAGUGCCGUAGACCUCCAUUAUUAUCCAGAAAAAACACAUCAAUGCUGUACAUGGUAACGUUACGAAGGGUUUUGGUCACUUUAAUUUAGAUAAAAUAACAGCGAGCAUGUGCAACCUCUUGACUGACUUUUUAAAGACUGUGUAAAGUGAAUUCAGACAUUUUCUUCUAAACACAUUAAAUAGGUCAUAAAUGUAUUUCUAAAAAAGUUGUAAAAAGCAUUUCAACCAUUUAGAUUUGAAUUGUGGAGCUAGGCUUCACAAACUGUGUUUCAAGAUUUCUGUGUCUGGAUUUAAUGGGCGGGUCUGAAAAUCACCGUCGGGUUACGUAAAUAUAUUCAGCGCACACUACUACUACUACAGUCUACAGUUAGCCAGUUAGCUGAGUUAGCCGCCGAGCUAGCCGCCGAGUUAGCAGCUGAGUUAGCCGCCGAGCUAACCGCUGAGUUAGCCGUCGAGUUAGCCGCCGAGCUAGCAGCUGAGUUAGCAGCAGAAAGCUCUCAGAUCUAGCGUCCAUGUUUCUGGUAGAGGUGGUGACUUUGAUUGACAGGUGACACUUGGUAGGGGGCGGGGCUUCAGCGGACUAUAGGCAGACUUUUACACAACUUUGAAGCCUAAUUUCAUAUACGUGGCGAUUUUUUUUUAAUCAUUCAAAUUUGGCAGGGCGGUUAACAACACACUUUUCUAUUGUAUGUCAAACUCAGAACACAUAUUUAUUACUUACUUUACACAGACUUUAACUUUAAUACACAAUCAAGAGGUUUGAGAUAUGUAGCACAGUAAACAAAAUUAUAUAUUACGUCACUUUUAACCCUGAAGUCAGAACUGAAAUAGGAAAAAAGGCCUUAAAAUUAGAUUAUUUAGCUGUUGUUUUAAUUAAUUAAAUGCUUUUACUUCACUGUAAUCUUAUCUGUUUAACUGUAUUUAUUCAAUGUUUUAUUUUAUUUUUCCUAAAAGUGACUCCUUGACGUGAUUUUAGUAGUUUUUUGGAUGAUAAUGGAGGUCUACGGCACAGAGGAAUGUGAUAUAUCAACACUUUUUUUCUCUGCACAUGAGAUUUAUUAACAAUAAGAAUAAAAUAUAAAAUCGUCACUUAUCCUUUAAAUGGUAAAAUGAUGGCUUGAGAUAAUUUUAAUAAUUUGAGUGAACUGGCCCUUUAAGAGUUAAGAAGCCAUAGCAACCAUACUGAGCCAACUACAUGAAUCCCAUUUCCAACAGGUUUACCUCAAAACUGUCUAUAACAUUUAUAUUUAGUUAAAAAUGUUUCUGUGGUCGCAACAUUUCUCUGUUUGUAGUUUUUAUUCUGAAAUCAUGAAACUGACAUCUCAUCAAUUUAAGUUUAUUAUUAAAAAACAUCCGACUAAAUAAUUAAAAUGGUUUCACGUCGUUUUUUACGUUCUGUGAUGAUCGCCUACUUGUUUACAAAGAUCGAUGAUGUCACUUUGUUUAUAUUUCCAAAAAGUAAGCUAAAAAUAAUAAUUAAUGAAUUAUUAAACGAAGGACA